ACCCCAGUGCUUCUACAUGGUUAGGCAGUAAUCACCCAGCGUAAUAUUGGAAAUUUGUACUUGUUGCGAUUUAAUAGGCGGUCAAAAAGACUUUACGAACUUGGUGUAAGGUCUUCCUUUGCUUCUUCUGUCCACUAUCCCAACCUUUAUAUUUCCUGAUUUUGUCGACAAAAGGAAAAAUACCCCCCGGGGGGGGGGAUAUGGCUUUGCGCUGCUGUCCCUUGGUUUCUCUUGUCCCUUUGCCAUUUUUCGCUGGAGACUGGAGCUGGAAAAGAAAAGAAUAAUAUAUGGAGGGAGGCGCAGGAAGAGAUUUGGAAUGCCAGAAGAUUAUGGAUGGGAAGGCGAGUGACAUGAGUGCUGCAGAGAAGGGAAUUCCUUCCUGUUGUUUGAAGGCUAAGGCUUCUGCUCCAGAGCUUGAGGCAAAGUGUCAUUCUACUGUUGUUUCUGGGUGGUUCUCAGAAUCUCAGUCUUGCUCUGAAAAAUCUGGAAAAUAUGUUUAUUUCAACAACCCUAUGUGGCCAGGGGAGGCACACUCAAUCAAAGUGGAGAAAAUAUUGUACAAGGAAAAGUCAGAGUAUCAAGAAGUCUUGGUCUUUGAGUCAUCAACAUAUGGAAAAGUGCUUGUUCUUGAUGGGAUUGUUCAGUUGACUGAGAAAGAUGAAUGUGCUUACCAGGAGAUGAUGGCUCACCUUCCUCUUUGUUCGAUUCCAUCCCCCAAAACAGUCCUUGUUGUUGGUGGUGGAGAUGGUGGGGUUCUGAGGGAAGUAUCCCGUCAUAGCUCUGUGGAACACAUUGAUAUUUGUGAGAUAGAUAAGAUGGUUAUUGAUGUUUCUAAAAAGUAUUUUCCAGAUUUAGCUGUUGGAUUUGAAGAUCCUCGAGUACACCUUCAUCUUGGUGAUGCUAUUGAUUUUCUUCGACGAGCUUCAGAAGGGAAGUAUGAUGCUAUCAUUGUUGAUUCUUCAGAUCCUGUGGGUCCUGCUCAGGAACUAGUAGAGAAGCCAUUUUUUGAGACAAUAGCUAAGGCACUAAGGCCUGGUGGAGUUCUAUGUAAUAUGGCUGAAAGUAUGUGGCUUCAUACACACCUUAUUCAAGAUAUGAUCUCCAUUUGCCAAGAAACAUUUAAAGGCUCUGUACAUUAUGCAUGGGCAAGUGUUCCAACAUACCCAAGUGGUGUGAUAGGUUUUCUUCUGUGCUCCACGGAGGGGCUGCCUGUUGACUUCAGAAACCCCAUCAACCCCAUUGAGAAGGUGGAAGGUGCUCUUAAGCACCAAAGGGAACUUAGGUUCUACAACUCACAGAUGCACUCAGCAGCUUUUGCAUUGCCAUCAUUUCUAAAGAGAGAGUUGGGUUUGGUUCAUGGCACCCCAUUGGCAGCUGCUUAUGUAUAGGAGUACUCCUAUAUGAUAAAAUAAAAAGUAUGGCGUGCGGAUUAUUUUAUGGAUGGCUUCUUGUUUGAACCUGUAUAGUGGUGAUUCAGAUUGUAUUGGGGAUGCUUUAAGAAUUUAAGAUAGUUGUUUAAUCUAUUUCACGAUAGUACUGUAUUCAGAGUUGUUCGAUACAUAUUAUGUUGGAGCUCGUUUUCGAAUUAUUUUAUGUUGAAACAAUUGCUGGAUUUA